AUAAUACAAGAUAAAACACUAAUUAAAAAACUUAUUUAAAUAGGCCAAAAUUUAAAAAUUACAAUUAAAAUGAUAAAACCCCAUUAAAUUUAAGAUUAAAAUUCUAGUCCAGUCCUGCACAAAUAAAUAGAUGUGUUUUAAGCUCGCGGCGGAAGGUUCGAAGGUCAGGAAGUUGACGAAAUCCCGGGAGGAGUUCAUUCCAGAGGGACAACCAUGACCUGGAGGAUCUCUACAGAUUGUACUUUUAGCUGUACAAUUUGGGAUGAACACCCUUGGAAUGGGAGUAGGAAUGGAUUUCCAGAGGGGAAAAAAAUUGCAGACUACAGGAACCAGAAGCCCCACUCAGGUAAUCCUGAGGACAUAUAGAUAAACCUCCAAGGGCUUCAAGACCUUCAGAAAGGAGGCAAAGGACCAGCUGUUUGCCAGGAAGAGAAAUCCUUCCCUUCCCCACCAUCAUCCAGUCAGAGCUGAAGAAGCUCCUUGGAUGAGAAGCGAAACGUCUUCAAAAGAAAAACAAACAAACCAACCGACCAAGGAAGUCCAGCUGCCUCCAGAAAAAGGGGGAAAAAGGCACCUUUGGGCCAGUUCUGACAAUCUGGAAGACUUUUGACGCUUUUCUGCUUCUCUAUAUAGACAGGCAACCCAGAAGAGCCAACCUCUGCCCCGCCCACGCGGGGGCUUGGCCAGCUCUUAUAGCUUCUGUCAGUUUCACUCCGGUUCCCAAAGCGAAGUUCGAGACGAGACCCCCGAAGUUAGAGACGCUCAGCAUGAACCCGCCACCGGAGCGCCGCCGCGCCGCCUCGCCUGCCCGCCGCCCGCUGGGGCUGCUGCUGCUGUUGGGGCUGCUGCCGCUGCUGCGCUGCGCCGCCUUCCCUCGCACCGCCAGUCCCCGCAUCCUGACAGUUGCGCUGGGGUGGAAAAAGUUCCAGUUUAAUGCCACGGAGAGACACAUCGCUGUCUACUAUGAAGAGAACUCUUCUUCCGUGUUCGUCGGAGCAGAAAACAAACUUUACUUUUACAAUUUCAGCGACUCCACCAGCCACAUGAAGCGUUUUGAUGUAUCCAGCUCCAUGUGUGAAAAUUCCGAAGAACCUGUCAAUUAUCUCACGUUUAUUGGGAAGUACCAGGGCAAAGUGCUCAUUUGUGGCACCAACGCCUGCAAGCCAACUUGCUGGAACUGGGUCGAUGGGCAGAUAGAGCCAGGCAUCGGUGCUCAGAGCUUAGCCCCUUUUGGCCUUGAUAAAAAUUCCCUUGUCCUCAUUGAUGGCAAUGACAUCUAUUCGACGAUCCGCAAAUACCAAUACAAUGGACGGAUCCCUCGUUUUCGGAGGGUCCGAGGGGCUGCAGAACUUUACACCAGUGACACGGUUAUGAAGAAUCCAGAGUUUGUGAAGAUUGCGCCAAUCCGACAAGAAGAGGCCUACAACAACAAGAUCUACUUCUUCUUCCGAGAGGACAACCCUGACUGGCCAUAUAAUCCUUUGGCUCCAAGGAAGAUCUCCAGGGUGGCUCAAGUGUGCAAGGGCGACAAAGGGGGCAAUGGCUCCUUUUCAGCAGCCAAGUGGACGACUCUGCUGAAGUCCACGUUGGUCUGCGUGGACUCGGCCACUAACCGAAACUUUGACUGGCUUCAAGAUGUCUUUAUUGUUGAGUCGGAACAGUGGUUUCAGACAAAGAUCUACGGGCUUUUCCUAAAUGAGUGGGAUUACUCGGCAGUCUGUGUCUACUCUGUUAGUGACAUCAGCCAACGCUUCAGAACGUCUCCCCUGAAAAACUACAGUGGGAAACCCCCUGCUGUGAAGCCAGGACAGUGUCUACAAGGAACUGAGAAGACUCCACCCGAGACUUUCAAAGUGAUCGACAGCUAUCCAGAGGUGGCUGCCCAAAUGAAUGGGAAAAUCAUCUUCUACAGCAAACAUCGCUACCAGCAACUUGGAGUCCACCAGAUUCGGGUGAAAUAUAAGCACUACGAUGUUCUGUACUUAGCCACAGACAAAGGAAGCAUCCAUAAAGUGGUCAUCUUACCAAGUGGACCCAUGAAUAUCCUGGAAAUCCAUCCUUUCCAGUCCCAGGCGGACAUCCUCGCCAUGAUUUUAGACAAGUCAAAAAAUGAAUUAAUUGUGGCUUCAGCCAACGAGGUGGUGCAGGUCCCCAUGGCCUCUUGUGGGGCAUAUAAGAACGACUGUGGGAGUUGUGUGCUGUCCAGAGACCCCUACUGCGGAUGGAUCAAUGAGACAUGUACUUCUAUCAAUGAGCACAAAAAUAGAACCUUAUUGCAGUCUCUAAGACAUGUCCCAGAAAACAUUUGUCCUACUUCAAACAACUCUCGAGGAGACAGCAGCAGUCUGUGCUCAAAGGAAGACUUAACCGUGACCUUAAACGCCAGCUAUUUCCUGAAUUGCUCUCAAGAAUCUCAUUACGCCAAUUACACCUGGCUUCACAAUGACCGGCCAGUUGCCCAUUGCAACUCUGGGCACCGUCACUGCCUUCAUUUCAUUGACCAGAUGACCCAGGAGCUCUAUGGCAAGUAUUCCUGUGUGUCUAAAGAAGAUUGGUUCCAUCAGACAGUCACAACUAAAUGCCUGAAGAACCCAUCUCAGGACAGUGAGUCCAAGCAGGCAAGAUCAAUAGGGAUGGCCUCCAUGCCAUCUUUAUCGUUCUGGCUGGGGUUACUGCAUAUGAUAGCCGUGGUCUUCAUCAUCCAAUAAAGACUUUCACAACAUGCCUCUACUUAGCCGGAUAUUCAGGAACAUCUCUGCUGAAGAACUCUCACCCUUCGGAUGGUUGUGGAGCUGAACCUUCCUGAGGCUCAAAGGUCAAUGCAGACGGUCUUUCAAAGCAACCUCUCCUUGAGCUUCUUGACAUCUGGUUGGAGGGAAAGAAAGAAAGAAAGAAAGAAAGAAAGAAAGAAAGAAAGAAAGAAAGAAAGAAAGAAAGAGACUCUGGAGAAGGAAAAAUGACUGAGGAUACCCUCAGUUUUCCUUCUUGAGAUGGGUGGUUCUCCAAAUUGGACAAAUAACACCAUAAGUAAAUAUUUCAUGGAAUCAUCUUCAUGGGAAAACCUUGUGGCAGGCAGCCUUGAGACCUGACUAAUCUAACCUCAGAAAAAAAGAAAGAUGGGUUUUGCCUAGAAGCAGAUAAGCAUCUACAAGGUCUGUUUUUAUAAGAUCUCUUGCCAGAAGAAUUGGCCCAGUGGCUUUUCGACAAGUUAACUCCUUCCCGUCUGUCCAUUUGUCGAACGGGCUUGGUCCCAUAUUUCUCCAGGAGUCCAUUGAGCAAAUAGCAUUUUCAAUUCUCCACCACUUCCAUUGGUGUUACUGCUGCUUAUUGAAGAAGAGUGCCAGUUAAAGCUGUCCAGGUCUAUAUAGGUCAUAAACAUUUGAAGAAAAACAACAACCCAACCCUUAUUAUAUUUCAGAAUAGUUGCAGAAUAUUUAUUUAUUAUAUUUUCUCUUUUUUCUGUAAAUAUUUGUCCCUGACCUACAUUGUUUGUUUCCCUCCACCAUUACCUAUUCAGUUGCAUCCUGUUUCUUUAAAUAAUUAUGGUCUGUUUGUUGGUUUUAAGAAAAAACAAAACCCCACCCAAUUCUUUUCUUUGGAAGACGUGGUUUAAUGUUCCUUGGUCGAUGAAGGUUCAGAGGUGGGUUGCAGCAGGUUCUGACCAGUUCUGGAGAACCGGUAGUGGAAAUUUUGAGUAGUUCGGAGAACCGGUAGUAAAAAUUCUGACUGGCCCUGCCCACAUCUAUUCUCUGCCUCCCGAGUCCCAGCUGAUCGGGAAGAAAUGGGGAUUUUACAGUAUCCUUCCCCUGGAGUGAGGUGGGAAUGGAUAUUUUAUAGUAUCCUUCCUAUGCCAUGGCCACCAAGCCAUACCCACAGAACUGGUAGUAAAAAAAAAAUUGAAACCCACCACUGUGAAGGUUCUACAGAUGGAUUAGGAGAACUGGCUGCAAAUGCCCCAUUUCAGGAUGGGAUGGUGGGCAGAAAAGAAACAAUGGUUGAACAUCUGAAGUUUGGGAGCUCUUGUUCCUGGAGAACAGAUCUUAAAGAGGAGGCUUAUUUUUAUUUUUCUGUGUAAAUCUUUGCAACAAAGUCCUCCGAUGUGGUGCAGAAUUGCUCACCUUAUGGCGGACUAAGAUUGAUCCUUCAGCCACUUCCCAAGGUUCACUUGUCAUCCAAUCUUUGUUAUGGGGCCAUCGUUUGGAGAAUCAACUGUGAAAUGGACUUGUCCUUGUUCCCUCUUAGUCUUUCAAUCCCCAAAGGCAAUUCUAUGCUACACUACAUUGUUGUUGUUGUUUUUUAAAAAAGAGCCAUUCCUCAUUUCACUUUUGUACAUUUCUUUGUCGUUGAUAUUGUUAUUUUAUGAUCCUUCGAUGCACUUUGAAUGCUGUAGCAGUAGAUUAUGAAGAGAAGGGACCCAAAACAGGGGCGUUUUAUGGGGAAGGGCUGUCAAAAAAGUCAAGAUGGCGGCUGUACGGUUGGAGGGGCGGAGGUGUAAUCACAUGGCUACGGCCACCAUUUUGAAUGGGGGUUGACGCACAUUUCUCGUAGAUACCUCUAAACCAAAAGCUCAUUCCUUUUUUUAUAUUUUUGCUUCCAGUUUCUUUGUACCUGUAUUUUGUACCAUGUUAUUUUUUAACUAGAGUGCUUGAAAAUGAAAAUAAAUAAAUAAAUGUGGUCCGAAUCCA